CCUGUUUAUCUCUGCAAAUGAAUGCUGUCACUUUUCAGAAGGCUUUGAAAGGCAACUGCAACUGUAAUAACAUAAACCGUAUCUUGAAGCGUUCUCGUACUUUUAAAUAGACUUACACAGUAUCCUCCAUUUGCAACGGCAGGAAACUUGCAAAAGACGAGAGCUGGAAAAUUCGCAAUUCAAGGCAAGAGGAAGGACAUUUUCAUUGCUACGUAAAUGUCUUCAUCAACGGUAAUUGCCAAAGAUCCAGGAAGACUCUUUGAGGAGAACAUCAUUCUCAAACAAAAGAUUGGCAAAGUAAAAAGAUCGAUCGAGGAUAUGUCAAUUUUCGACGUUGAUGGCCAGGAUGGGGCUGGUAGGGACAGCAAUUGGAAAAUGCAUGCAAAACGAUGGAUACUGCGACCAAUCACAGUUUUCGGCGUUCUUGGGAUAGUUUUAGCUAUCGUGGUAGUUUCCUUGCUGGUUUCAAAUUUUUCAGCAACAAGAUCCAGUUUGCGUGAAGCAGUUGCAGCAAAUGUCAAAGCAAGUGCUCUCAAAACACAAAAUAACAAGGGCUUAACAACCUGCACAGAUGCUGCAACCGCAAAGACAUUCCCGGAUCUAGACUAUGCUUUGUUUGGCUACAAUAUUUUAAAAGGAUACCCAAUGGCCAUUGGUCACGACCCAGGAUUGACUAGGCCCAUUUUCGACAGCGACUACUCGAAAGGCAAACGGACAGCUGACUGCCGCUAUCACUUGCCAGAUGGUCUGAUUGUGGUUCCUGACAUCUCUUGUGUGACAUCAUUCACAUCUGAAAUAAUUCAAGACCAGUAUCAGCUUACGAGGUCCCUCGCAGCAUCAGCAGAAGUGAGCGGAGGAGGAUGGGGAGCUGUGUUCUCUGCGAGCGCAGAAUACAGAAAGAAUUCUGCUGAGGUGGGAUCUAAAGAAACAGUUUAUGUGAAUUCCCAAGCAAAGUGCGAUUAUUAUAUUUCAAUGAUCGACGAAAUGCAACCCCCGCCAUUGUCAAAAUCAUUCCUUAUGAAGGCAGCACUCUUGAAGAAGAAGUCAGAUGUGUUUGAUUUUUUCGACUAUUAUGGAACACAUUACCUUAAGCAGGUGACAUUUGGUGCACGGCUGAUUUAUGAAAACAAAAUGACCAAGAGCAAAUACAAAGAACUGGAACAAAGUUCAAUCAGCGUCUCCAUGAGUGCUAGCUACUCUGGAAUCGUGAGAGUAGCUGGAUCAGCGAGUCUUAGCGAGAAAGAGGCCAGGCAAGCUAAAGAGUUCCGCAGUAGAGUUGAAACUUCGACAAUAAGUGUAGGUGCCCCACCGCCCCCAAAUGGUAGUACCAGUCAGUGGGCAUCAGAAGUGAAAGAUAACCCUGUACCAACAAAAUACAAGAUGGCUGGAAUUGAGGAAUUGUUUACAAAGAAGUACAUGGAAGGCCAAGGUAUAGAUUACCAAAGAAUUUACAAACUUGUUAACGAAGCUAAGUCAGCCUAUUGUCAUUACUUGAAAGAGAAAGGAAUAGUUGAUUCUUGUGAAGCACUGCAAAGUUACACCAAAUUCAAAGGGCUAGAGUUAGGCCAAACACAGUUCCGUACAAUAAACGUCGAUGAACGAGAAUGCAUUAAAUCAUGCAUAGAAGAGAGCAGGUGUGUAGCAGUUAACCACGCCAAUAGAAUAUGCGACCAGUUCGGAGAUGGGAACCAUACUGCUAAAAAAGCAGAAAACAAUAUCUUGGUGCUUUUUAUUGAUAGCAUUAACAUUAGAGAUAGUAACUUCAGAAUCAUUAAUGUUCAUUUAGACGCAUCUGAAAGAGCUAAGAACGACGAAUCGGAUCCAGACAAAUGCAAGGAGAAAUGCAGACAAGACAAAAAGUGCAUCGCUUAUACCUUUUCGAAACCUGUUUCGAAACCUGAAUGCAAGUUGUAUCAACAGCAGGCUAUCACUGAAGGCAGCAUUAAAUUCAAAGUUGGUUCAUUUUUGGAGUUUUAUACCAACAAAACAAUGGUUUGAUUAAAAGACCUUUUAGAGCUCCAAAUCUUUUAUUGCAAACAUUUUUUAAUCAAUAGCAAAUACGUAUAUAUAUCUUUACCUACAGAGAUCUGAAAUAUUUUGAAAACAAUCUUGCUGGCAAACAUAAAGUUUUUGUAUACAUUUGAAACUUCGUGUAGUGCGUGGAAACUGAAUUAAGUCAUUUUUAUAUUUGUAUACCAUGGAAAUAUCUUUAUCGUGAUUAAUAAAGUUGAGAUCGACAAAAUUUGACAUCAUAGCGAAUGAAGCACGUAUGUGAGAGAUAUUCCCUACAUAUCUUAUAUUAAGAGAAAUAUCUGCUUCGUCAUUACAAGUGAGAAAUCUUCUUUGCUUAUUCACAGACUGAACUGAGAUCCUUAUUAUGCCUUUUUCCCGCUUCGGUUUCCAAAUAUUUCCUCACAAUUCAUGUUACUAACGAAUUUGGUUCAAUGAACUAUACAACGCAACAAAAAUCGCUUAGGCCACUCUAGACUUUAAAAUUAGUAAAAGGGA